GCAGAUGGAAAGAUUGUAGUGGGGGGAAAGUAAGCAAGCAGCACAGAGUGAGAGAGAGAGAGAGAGAGAGAGAGAGUUAGAGAGAGAAAAGAGAGAAAGAGAGAGAACGCACUGGUGGAAGCCAUGCAGAGAGUGAGGCAGCCCAGCGACGAUGCUUGAUGAACAGAACCGCUGACCACAAGAAAAGGUUUUCUUCCACUUUGACCGUGCCCCAGAGACAUCAACGAAUCAGACGGGAAAGGUCCAGAGGGGUGACAUUCGACUCAUCGUCCCAACUGACGUGGAGAGCUCAAGAGCAACAAAAAAAAAAAUAGAAAAGAGUUGAGAGACGAGGAGAAAGAGGGGGAGUUACACAGAUGAAAGUUAAAGCCGAGAGGCAGAAGGUAGAUGCUCAGAGUGACCAGAUAGAGACUAGUGAAACAAGUGACAGGAUCACAACAGGUGUUUCCACGGGGACUGCUCAAAGACAGGACAACACGCCAGGGUCACCCUCGGAACAAAAAGCCAUCGCGACCGGAAAACAGUGAGGGACAGACAGGAGUUAGAGGGACAGAGCUAAAAGAGAAGUAAAAAACCCAAAAAGGAUGGCUAACUCAGGUCUCCAGUUGUUGGGUUACUUCCUGGCAUUGGGUGGCUGGAUCGGCAUCAUCUCCACCACCGCAUUGCCCCAGUGGAAGCAGUCGUCGUACGCUGGCGACGCCAUCAUCACCGCCGUGGGUCUGUACGAGGGUCUGUGGAUGAGCUGCGCCUCGCAGAGCACAGGACAGGUGCAGUGCAAGAUCUUUGACUCCAUGCUCUCGCUGGACAUCCACAUCCAGACAUGUCGAGCCCUCAUGGUAGUGUCCGUGCUGCUGGGCUUCAUCAGCAUCAUCGUCAGCGUGGUGGGCAUGAAGUGCACCAAGGUGGGGGACAACAACCCAGUCACCAAGACCCGAAUCGCCGUGGCCGGAGGAGCUCUCUUCCUGCUUGCAGGUCUAUGUACCCUGGUGUCCGUGUCCUGGUAUGCCACUCAGGUGUCCUAUCAGUUCUUCAACCCGAACACACCGCCCAACGCCAGGUAUGAGUUUGGCUCGGCCCUGUUCGUGGGCUGGGCGGCGGCAAGUCUGACGGUCCUGGGCGGCUCCUUGCUGUGCUGCUCCUGCUCUAAAGAGGACAUACGAGGGCAGCAGUAUUACCGCCAAUCACAGCCUUCCACAACCAGGGAACCAAAUGUUAAAAGUACCCCACCAGAGAAAAGGGAGCAGUACUUGUAGUUUGGGAGACUCUUCUGGCCUUACCAUGGUUUAGAUUCUGUCUACAGACAAAACCCUCUCCCUGAGGACUUCAAAACAGACACCGUUAAAGAAUUUAUUAACAGCAAGCACAUUGCAGCAACAUGAAUUAGAGUCUUUGUGUAGAUGUAUUGGUCUGGUCUGUUUUGCUGACUUUGGGAGAGACAGUCAUUCAGGGUAUGUUUUUCUAUAACAUGUUAAAAUGCCCGGGUGUAUAUACCACCUACUUUGUUUCUUUUUUUUUUUUUUACUACAUAUAUAAUGUUUUACUACAGUGCCUUAUAACACAUGUUUGUGCACAUGUUUGUUUCUGAUGACUUCAUGGAUUCUUUAGUCUCCAGUACCAUCUUUAGGGACGUGUGUGUCCAUAGUUCCCCUGCCAGCAGUUCUGUGUGCCUUUUUUGUAUCUAUUGUCGGACUUCUGGAAAUGAAUGUGAAGCUACUCUGCAGUACCACAAGACACACAUACGUAUGAUAGAUCUGAAGCAUUGUUCCUUGUGUGCCACUGUUUGUAUUAAAGCUGUGUGCCUGUUUCCAUGUUGCCUGGAUUGAGGAUAUACCCAGUGUAUUCAUUUUGUUUCGUUAAGUGCGAAUAUGAUUUUGUGUGAAUGACAUGACAAGAGUCGUUGCAUUAUGGACUCUAUAGGAUGUACUGUACUGUGUGUUGCCUACUGUACUAAGGAACGCCCGUUGACUGAGCGUUCAAGCCUGCAUUUAUUUACCACGCCAUUCAUUUCUCUAAUAUUUACCCUUCCCCCCCCCUCCCUCAAUGUUGUGUAUCAUCUCAUUUACCUAUGUCUGUUUCUUUUAGAAUAAAGCAAACAGAGACGA